AUCUUUACUUUGUCUUGUCUCGAGGUCUCGCUGCUCGUUCUGUGUUCUGACGUUCGGCUUUGUCAGAUAAUUUUAUUUUAAACGUUUGGGAAUGACUGGAGUAGAAAAAUCGAAAAAAUCUCUCUUCCGUUCUUUUCAAACCAAAGCAACAGCUGUGUUCCACGGUGUUGCUGAAUUAGUGACAGAUGCUGUUCCAAGUAGAGCUCGGACAUCGAUCGACAAUGGAAGAAUAUCAACUUCCGAUCAAGAAGCAGACAUUGAUGCCGUGAAACGACUUGAUGAAGAUCAGUCCAAUCUCAAACAGAAUGCUGAACCCAUUCAUAAGAAAUCUUCAAAGAAAAAGAAAAACAAUAAAUCAAAUAAAACUCCGGAGUUCAGUUAUACAGCUAACCAGAAUGUGACGAAUAUAUCCUAUUCCAAUAAUGUUCACAUAGGACCUUCUCUCAAGCAAGAAUUUAAAACUUGUGAUCACACAAACGUGAAAAAGAAUGACGAGAACGAACAAGACUAUCGUCCGCCUGUAGUCCUCACUGAUCAGAUACGAACUCUGUUCGCUGACAAUACACCAUGCACGAAGGACCACAUUCUGCAUUUGGAGUCGCAUAUUGGUAAAAACUGGAAAAGUCUUGGACUCAGCCUGAAGUUCAGUCCAGGUCAGCUGGAUCAACUCCAAACAAACUAUAAAUAAGAUUCAGAUGC